AUGGACAUGCAGGAUCUUUGGGCUGCCGAAAGGUCACAGGAGCCUAUUACAUUUUUCGUGGAUGGCGUGAAGGCAACCACAACCGAAGAGGACCUGGAGACCUACUUUGCAAGCUUCGGGGAAGUGCUGGAGUUGGCUCUGUUCAUGAAUCCCAAAACAAAUAGGUACAAUGGACGUGGCUACAUUAUACUUGGGCCGACAGUGAAUCAGAACAUAGUCCUUUACACAAAGCACAUUGUACAUGGAGUUCGCAUUAAUGUGUACGAGUGUGGUUCAUCUGACGAAGAAGAAGAAGAGGAGGAAGAAGAAGAUGAAGAAGAAGAGGAAGAGGAGGAGGAAGAAGAAGAAGAACAUAUCUCAGUGAGGAGUGAAUAUAAUGUUGACCGGGAGCCACUACUUUCGAAGUACCAAGCCGAGCGAACUAAACAGAAGGCCUCCAGCUCAACCACCCCCACUCAACAACAACAACAAUCAGAACAACAAAAUCAGCAGCAACUAAUGGGCAUGCAGGAUCUUUGGGCUGCCGGUAGGUCACAGCAGGCUAUUGAAUUAUACGUGAAUGCCGUGAAGGCGAACAUCACUGCAGAGGACCUGAAGGCCCACUUUGCAAGCUUCGGGGAAGUGCUGUAUGUGGCUAUGUGUAUUAAUCCCAAAACGAACAGGCAUAAUGGAGCUGGCCAGAUUACACUUCUAUCGACAGUGGAUGUGAACCAAAUUCUAGACACCGAGCACAUUAUACUCGGCGUUCAAAUUAAUGUUCGUAAAUCAAAGAGGCAUCUUGAAGAAGAAAAAGAAGAGGAAGGAGAAGAAGAAGAAGAGGACGAGGAAGAAGAGGCAGAAGAAGUGGAAGAAGAGGAAGAGGAAGAAGGGGAGCAUAUCUCAAGGAGGUGA